CGUUUGGUGAGUUAACACUAAUAGCUUGACAUUUGCUGACAUUAUCUAAGCUUGUCAUUUUGGUUUACUUUGCGGGUUAUUACAAGAAUUCUCAUCACAAAAUAACGAAAAGUUGUCGCUUUAAUCUCCGACUUUUUGACAUAAUGAAAAUAGCAGCUUUGGCUUUCAUUUUAUGUUGUGUACUUGUUGCUGGUCAGGAUUUUGGUUAUGGAGGCCAACAUGGACCAUCGCACUGGGCAGAAGAUUACAAGCGUUGCAGUGGCAAAUUCCAGAGUCCCAUUGACAUCGAUGUGCUGAGCGUGGAGGUUAAAGAAUUUCCCGAUAUUGAGUAUACCAAUAUUUAUGUUACUCCCAAUCGUGUGCACAUGGCCAACAAUGGACACACAGUGCUAGUUACCAUGAACUUUGAGAAGGGCAGAGAACCACGCAUCAAAGGCGGUCCAUUGGCACGCAAUUCAUCCUAUCAAUUCGAGCAGUUUCACUUCCAUUGGGGAGCCAAUGACACAGUUGGCAGUGAGGAUUUGGUCAAUGAUCGUGCAUUUCCCGCCGAGCUGCAUGUUGUUAUAAGGAGUUUGGACUACGAAGACUUUAAAAGCGCCUUGGGUCAGGAUCAUGGCCUUGCUGUGUUAGCUUUCUUUUUUAAGUUGAGCAGCGAUGAUAAUGGGGAUUAUGCGGAAUUUGUGGAGAAGCUGUCAACGAUUAGUCGCAAGGGCAUGUCAGCUGACUUGGAAGCUCCGUUGCCACUUAGCUCUUUCAUUUCAAUGAAUCUUAUUAACUUUUAUAGCUACAAUGGAUCCUUGACAACGCCUCCUUGUGCCGAAAAAGUCAUUUGGAUAGAUUACCAGGAACCCAUUUAUAUUUCAGAGCAACAGCUAAAUAAAUUUCGAGAGCUUACUGCUCAUGACGAUCAUCUGAAGAACAAUUAUCGCCCACCUCAGCCGAUUAACGAUCGUAUUAUCUAUGAGAAUGCUCCUCCAAUUCCGAGUUAUGCUAAAGUUGGAUAUAGCGCAAUUCCUUUUGUGGAUGUCGCAAACGCAGCUUAUGCAAAUUUAUGCUUUGGUGGCAAGGGGCAAGUUUUCCUCCUAGUUACAUUUAUAAUAAAUUCAUUGCAUCCUUGCUCACUGUAUUAAUUAAGCAAUUCAAUUUGUAUACAAAACAUGUGUCUCUGUUGGAGACAUGUUGAUUUAUUGAUACAAAUCUGUACACUUGUAUUUUAUGUUAUUUAUGAUAUUUAAUUUGUUAUUGCCCAUAUUGAUUUAUGCUCAAGUCAUGAAAAUAUCUAUUUCUUUGAAUAAUAAAUAAAAGA